GUCCCUGGCUGCCAGGCCUUCUGCCCUCUCUCCUUAUUAUUUUAGCGUCCCUGGAUAAAGUCCUUGGGCCUCCUGCCUGAAGAUGACCUCUUGGGGCCAUCUCAGCCCCCAGAAGCGCCCUCCAAGGAUGAGGAGGGUCCCAGGAACUUUGGCUCCUUCUGAACUGAACUAUCGCGGUGUCCUGGAUCAGCUCCGGCAAGAGUUCCCCAGGUUCCCCCCUCACCUGACGGCGCAGGUGGAGAGCGUGUGCUCGGCGCUCCAGAAGAUCCGGCAGGGUCUCCAGGAGCAUCACAAGCAGGCAGAGAACUUCCUGCGGACCAUGGAGACCUGGAGCCGACCACUGGGCUUCCAGCCUGGGGAGGUGGUACAGGCGAGCCUGGGCGCCUCUGGGGAGCAGGCCGACCCGGACUCCUGGGGGCCGACCAGCCCGGAGGCUUCCCCGCACCCAGUGGCCGAGACCCCACAGCCCUCCGGGCUCCAGGGGCCACCCUUCGAAGACGUCCUGGCUGCAAGGUCCUCAGACUGGCUCCGGCAGCCCUCCGGAGCCGACGCCGCCCCCGUCUCCCAGCCGGACACGCAGCCCCCCUGGGACUCCGAGCCCCGGUUUUGGCAGGAUGUUCUGACCGAGCAACUCUGGCAGAUCUUUGCGGGGACCCACAAGAAGGACCAGCUGCGACGCAGGAAGCAGGCGCCAGGCCUGGAGAGCCAGGACCCAGGACCACACGACUUGGGACUGGAACCAAGCGAAAACACUUUGGGUAAUCCCGUGCCCAGCCCACCUGCGCCCUCCCCCAGCUCCCCCGAGGGCUCCCGAGAAGGGAGCGCAGAGCCAGGCCUGGACGCAGAGGGGAUGCUCUCCCCCCGUGUGGCCCAGGAACCUGCUGGGAGAGCCUAUCCGUUCCUGAAGCCCAUAUGCUGGGACCCUGAGGACUUCGAGGACAUGUGCAAGAGACCAGACGCCUUGCCGGGGCAAUCCAAGAAGGCGGCCAUCCCACACGGAGCGGAGAAGAUGCGGACGCUAAAGCAUGGGGAGCCAGUGCUGGCCACGGCCGUCAGCAGCUUCACGCGACAUGCGUUCACCUGCGGCCGGGGCGGCGUCAAAGUGUGGAGCCUGGUGGGCCAGGGGCUAGAGGACCAGUAUCCUGAGAGCCACCUGCGCGUACAGACCCGCCAGGCCUACCUGCGCACCUGCCUGCUGGCCCCGACCAGCACAACCCUGCUGACGGGCGGCCACAACCUGGCCAGCGUGAGCGUGUGGGACCUGACCGCGCCCUCCCUGCGUGUGAGCAACGAGCUGCCCUGUGCAGGCCUCACCUGCCAGGCCCUGGCCUUCGGCCCCGAGGACACCCUGGCCUUCGCUGGCUUCACGGACGGCACAGUCAGGAUCUGGGACCUGCGGGACCAGAGCAUUGUCAGGGACCUGCAGGGCCCCCCAAAUGGAGCCAAGAGCAUUGCUAUCAAAGACCAGAACAUCUGGACGGGGGGGCUGGACACCUGCCUGCGGUGCUGGGACCUGAGGACCCCCGGGGAGCCCCUGGAAUACCAAUUCGAGUCUCAGAUAAUGAGCCUGUCCCUCAGUCCCCAGGAGGAUUGGGUUCUGGUGGGCACAGCCAAUGGGCAACAGUGGCUGCAGCCCACCCGAGGGGGCCAGAAGCACAUGGUGGGGUGUAAGGACAGCACCAUCCUGGGUCUCAAGUUCUCUCCGCUCGGCCAGUGGUGGGUGAGCGUUGGGAUGGACGACCUGGUCAGCAUCUACGGCAUGCCCGCGGGGACCAUGGUGUUCCAGGUACCUGAGACCUCCUCCAUCCUGUGCUGUGAUGUGUCCCCCAACAACCGCCUGAUCAUCACCGGAUCCAAGGACCACGCCUCGGUGUACCAGAUCACCUACUGA